AUGAACUACGGAGAGCUACCGAAUCACACUUUUCUCCAGUUACCAUUACUCUACCAUCUUCUCAUGCCAGCCAUGAAUAUGAUGAAUAACCAAGCUGGGAAACUAAUUCAGUCAACAAGCAGUGUCCGUGCACCUUCCAUUCCUCUCUUUUCCCUUUCACCAGCACAUAUCAUGAAUUCCUACAGAUGGAUGUUCUUCAAACUUAUCUUUCUCAGCUUAAUGUGCAGUACACUAGGAAAAUGGAUGUUUGUAAUGGAUGCCAAAAAAGAAAACCAAUGGAAGCAACAAACAAUACCUUUGUGGAUUUCACCGGCUUACUCGAGACGCCGAUGGGAACAACUGGCGGAUCUAUUGUUUCAGGUACAAAACAGAACAAAUAUUAAAUUUCGAUCUUUUAUCAAAGAGAGAGAUAACGAUUACAUAUCUGUGAAGACAACUACUUAUGGCUGUUACGGACUUCUUGGAUAUGGGAAGGGUGGAGAAAGAUGGAUCAAUAUCUACGAUGAAUGUAUAGAGUACAGUCACAUUGUCUUGCGAUCAAUAUAUCAAAUUCUUGGUUUUCAAAUGAUCGCAAUGAAGGAGCCGGAAGGAAACAUAUUGUAUUUCGGUGCUGACAGCGAGAUUGGUUACCUUAAAUUUGUGGUAUGGAAGGACAAAUUUAUUGUGGAUUCAAAAAAGCUGACCGAAGAGACCAACGAAGAAGAAUGCAUUGGAAUGGAAACUGCGACAAGUAUGAUGUGUCAUCAACCAAAUAUGGAAUUUUUUUACUGGAGCAAAGUAUACGAGAAUCUUAUCCACUCCUACCCCUACGUAGAUGACCCACUCUUUGGACGUGUGUACAGAAGGACCAGAAAUAUAAGCAACCAUGACAUCUUCCACGUGAACAGAAUUUACAAACAGGCCAACAAGGAUUCGAGUUACCGAUUGCAUGAUUUCGCGAAUCCUUCAAUGUAUAGGGCUGAAGAUUUCCAGAAAAUGCCUAAUGUUAUCAUUGGACUGGCUGAUUUGUAUUGUGAGGAUAGUCUCGUUGACUGUGACUUUCUACACAAAUCUCGUGGCCAUUGCAAUUCAUUUCAAGAGUUCAGGUACAUAUUAUGUGCUCGGACCUGUGGAAUGUGCGGUAUAAGCUUACGACUGUACUACAUUAGUACACAUCAUCCUUUCUUGUACAUCCAGGAAAAGACAGAACAUCAGUUGCCAAUAUGUACCGAUGAUCUUCAGGCUGUUCUAAACGGAACAUGUAGUCAUACAAAUUUGCAUAAUUGCUUGCUUCCCAGAUUUCGGGAAAAGUGCCGCAGAAGUUGUGGCUAUUGUCCAGAACAAAGUCGAGUUGAUUGCGAAUUUGUAACGGCUGUAAAUGCAGAAUAUUUGUACGACCAUCCGAAUUACAAUUAUCGCUGUCAGUACAUUCGAGCCAUCUCCAAUAGGAAAUGCGAGGCGGAUGAAAAAGUAGCGAUAAAUCCGAUUACGGAUUGUAUGCUAUCCUGUGGUCAUUAUGCAUGCUCUCGAGGUGACAUAGAAGAAGAUAUGGGGCAUGGGCAAGUCCCUGUGAUGCAACUGUAUGUACCGCAAAAUGAAUGGCAAUUCGCGACACUUGGGUCUUUGGCUAGUUUUGAGGAAACCAAUUCAUCAUUCACCAAAGGAUGUCGUUUUGUUGAUGGUUGGAGUGGUACCACUGGCGAUCAUCGUUCUCGUGCAGUGUGCGAGUGGGAGACGGACAAAAAAGAUGAAUUUGGUUUAGUGAUGCCUAGUGAUACCUCAAAUACCAAAUCAAAAGUGACACAAAGUUCCGCAUCCUCAAACAAGUCUGUGAAGGAAAGGAACAAAGUGCAAAAAAACAAACUAAGGAGAAGUGUGCAAGAAUCAUCGCGACUAUCAUCUCAGAAAAAAAGAGCAAUAGAAAAAAGAUCAGUUAGCAUACGAAGCCAAAAUGAUGCAAUCCUUCCGUCGAAGGGUUCACAUCGAUGGAAUGGGCUAUGCGAGAAAGAAAUGAGUGGUGAUACAUCUGCUAAUAUACCUGGAAAGUCGUCAGCUGUGAUACCUAUGGUAACUACCGGGACACUAAAAAAUAUAAAAGUUGCUAAGGUUGAGGAUACAAAAUCGAUCUCUAAUGAAGAAAGGAAGGAAGCCACCUUCAAAGAACAAGAGCAAAACACUCAGGAAAAUAUCGGUUUAAUUGAUGAAAAAGAGGAACAAGAGCUGAUACUUGAACCGAGAAAUCUCCGAUGGAGUGGUGAGGGAGGCUAUCAAACAGUACAACUGCGAAAUAUAACAAAGGACCGUUUGGCUGUCAAAGCCAAAUGUUCGGACAACCAGCUGUACCGGGUAAAUCCCGUAUUCGGCUUCAUUGAUCCGGGAGAACAAUUAAAGGUGGAUAUUAUGCGGCGGAAAGCUGUACCAAAAGUGGACAAGAUGAUUUUCGUUAGUGUUCGGGCCAAUAAGGAUGACAUUUUUCCCAAGCCAUUAUUCAAACGUUCAAAGGACAGCCAAAAGAUGGCCAUGUUACCCUUACUUAUCGCUCGAGCGAUCUGA